AUGAAUCCCAAAGAAGAGGUUGGCGCCGGCGAGAAAAUCAAGCUGGCUGACGCUUACAGAGCGGCCUUUGCAAUCUGGAGCAGCCCCAUAGAUAGCAAGCGAAAUGAUGGAUCGCAAGCUGACCAGGACAAGGGAUCCGUGUUGACAGCGGACAUAAUGCCGGACUCGUCGAAUUACCUGCAGUUGGCGCCUCAUACAGAUCGCUCUUUGAUUCUAGACGAGGCGAAUGAUAUCAAAUCACCGGACAAUGUGGACAAGCCGUGGCUUCCAUUAUCCGUACAAAACUUGACGCUGUCCAUUGCAAAAGUACAAGAGGAAGAACAGCAACGCAUAUUUUCCAAAUCGGAUGAAUCCUACCUCCUCUCUUCGUGGGACCUGCAGGACAUUGCGUUCGAGGAGCGAAUGCGAGCUUGGGUCGACACGGCCAACCCUGAGCAGCGCACAACGGAAAUGGCCAAGGAGGAUUUCCAAGGCGGAGACACUCAUUUCAAAGAGCUAGAGACUCGUUCUGUUGUGAAGUUGUCAUCGAAAGAAAGUCAAGCCACAGACAACGAAAGCACUGACUCUUACCUAGUGGAACGCUCUUUGCGUGUCAAGAGAGCAGAAGAAAGGAUUUCAGCUCUAGUCUCCAAAGGGGGUUCUCGCUGCAUCAAACCGGGUGUUACCCUUCUUCUUCGUCACGCUACACAUAUGGACGCCGAGGAAUUGAUAAAUUUAUACAAUUCUUACGUACGCGGCACUUUCCAAUGCCUCGACACCAAACCAAUUGCCGUAGAUGACAUGCGCCAAUGCAUCGACGAAUCGCGCAAGGAGGAACUUCCCUUUAUAGUUGCAAUAGAUGUAGAGAGGUCGCAAAAUUCCGGGCGCAAGAUGUUGGGAGGCCAAAAUGUCGGCCGCUGCUUGAUGGAUGCGAUGAUGACUUUGGCCGACCCACAAUAUUCCCCCAAAGGAGGCUACUACUAUAUGCCCAGCCCACACGAGUCGAAUGUACUGACCGUCUCCAGCUCAAUUAGCUGUCGCCCAUUGUCGCAUUUGGCCAUGCUAAUGAGCCACGCGGACUCUGAGGUGUCGAGGUUUCGCAGGAUCAGGGAUUGGCUGUCACGGGAACACAAAUUUUCUCAGAAAGGAGACUUGCCAUCUGUGGCUGAGAAAAUGGGACAGCUAGCUAAUAUUGCUAUUCUGAUUCGUCGUAUCUGUGCCUAA